CAAGGGCCACAGAAAAAAAGACGUCUACGUUUUUGCACUGGGACUGAAUGUUUUGAUCGCGUAGUUUUAACUUAAGAAAACAUUUAGUGGAUUUUUUGACCGCCACACCAAACUUCAGGAUGCCUCUUUUCAGUAGUUCGUCGCCUUUCGACCCUGAUGUCGAAAAGGUGACGAGUGAGAUGAACACCACAGAAGACUGGGGGUUAAUAAUGGACAUCUGUGACAGAGUCGGACAGACUCCCACUGGCCCUAAAGACUGUCUGAGGUCCAUCAUCAAGAGAAUCAACCACAGGGUACCUCAUGUGGCCAUGCAAGCUCUCACGCUUCUUGGAGCCUGUGCGAACAACUGUGGGAAGAUUUUUCACCUGGAAGUUUGUUCACGAGACUUCUGUACUGAGGUCCGCGCUAUUCUCAGUAAGGCCCAUCCGAAGGUGUGUGACCGGCUGAAGGAUCUGGUCCAACAGUGGGCAGCAGACUUUGCUGACGACCCACAGCUGAGCCUGAUCCCCAGUCUAUACAGCAGCCUCAAGUCAGAAGGGCACUCUUUUCCUGACCCCAGCAGCAAGUCUGCCAGUACCCAGCCCAAAGCCUUCAGUGCUGAUCCUAACGUGGUCAACAGUCAACAAGAGGAGGACGAUCUGCUGAAAGCAAUUGAACUGUCCUUAAAGGAGGCCCAGUCCAGCCCCUCCUCCGGUAGUCUGUAUCCUUCUGUCCGAGCGCCGGUUUCCGAGUCUCCCAGUCACAAGUCCGACACGAGGAAGGUCCGCGCCAUCUACGACUUCGAGGCCGCUGAGGACAACGAACUGACCUUCAAGGCGGGAGAAAUCAUUAGUGUCCUUGAUGAUAGUGACCCAAACUGGUGGAAGGGUGAGACGUACCGUGGAGUUGGACUGUUCCCGGCUAAUUUUGUGACAGCUGACCUGAAUGCUGACCCUGAACCUGAUCAGCCUGGUGCUCAGCAGGCUUCCAACAAAGUGUCGGUGAAAGCUGGAAAGACGGUACAGUUUAAUGAAGAAGUGACUGUCAACACUGUGGAGCCAGAACCUGAACCGGUGGAAAUUGACGAGGAAAAGAUGAACGAGACGUUAGCCAUGCUUCAGAACGCCAACCCUACUGGGGAUGACGCAACAGACCCUCCACAUCUCCGCGCUUUUGAAGAUGCUUGUCAACAAAUGGGACCUUUGAUUGACCAGGAACUUGAAAAGAUUGACAGGAAACACAUUGAGCUGACAUCGUUAAACCAGCGUCUGAUGGAGGCCUUGUCCAUGUAUCACAAACUGAUGAAGGAAAUGCCGCAGUUUGCUCACAACCCCCCUCCAGGCCCCCCUCCUGGUGCCGCCUACCCCCCUCAGUUCCCCCAGUACAACACCAUGCCCCCACAGGGUUAUGCAGGUGGACCAGCUGGUGCGUAUCCAGUCCAGGGUCCACCCCAGUCCAUGUCAGGUACAGCCACCCUGCCCCCCUCCCACCCCGCACAGGCCCAGGCCUCCCUCCCCACCACUCUGUCUGCUGCAGGACCCCCUGUGUCAUCACAACACAUGCAGGGAUAUCCCAACAGCACCAUGGCAGCCCCCGUUACCAUGGCACAGACCACCAUGCAGGGCAUCAUGCCUCCAGGGGGGGUGGGCAACCAGCCUGGAAUGGCCGCCUACCCGCAACAACCAAUAGGAACAACUGCCUCCCAGCCUUUGUUAUAGACCCACUGAGGACUUAUGCACUACUGUAAAUCAUGAUAUAUAUUCCUGGUGGUUUUAUCUUUGCUAA